CUUCAUUUCCCACAAUCCGUUGAGGGUAGGUGACGCAAUUAAAAUGGCUACCAUCAUGAAUGCUGUGCGUUUAGCGAGGAAGGACAUCCACAUUUUACUCUUAAGAAGGGGGAAGGCAUUUGGACGGAACCGAUUAAGUACCCAAAGCAGCAGCAGCAGCUCUGGAGAUGAGUCGGAAACGGAAAAUGCUACUGGCUCUGCAGAAAAAACAAAGAGUGGAUUUGCGGCCGCAUACGAGUUGCAUUCCGACAUGCAGAAGCAAGAUCUAGCGACAAGUGGCCUUCGGUCGUCGCCUGGUGUCAAAGAUAUUAAGUCAUUCGCAUACUUGCUGAGACAAUCUCCUUUGAUUCAAAUGGGACCAGCCAAGGACAAAGUCGUCGUGGGCAAGAUCUUUCACAUCGUUCAAGACGACCUGUACAUCGAUUUUGGGGGCAAAUUCCACUGCGUGUGCCAACGGCCGGAAGCAGAUGGGGACAAGUAUCAGAGGGGUACCAGGGUGCGCCUACGGCUGGUCGACCUGGAGCUCACAUCUCGGUUUCUGGGGUCUAACACGGACACAACUCUGCUAGAAUCUGACGCUGUUAUACUGGGACUGCUGGAUAAUAGAGAUGGCAAGUCCAAAGAGUAGACAGUUUACGAGGCUGUGGUACGCUGUGGGUGUUACGGCUCUGAACUGUUAUCGGACUGUAAACUAUUCUAUCACUGUGUGAAGACAAUACUGUAUUUCAUCAACAUUUCAUGACUGGGUUGAAAUAAUAUACUUCUGUGUAUAGGCGUAUGGAGUUAAAACAACCCAAAAUCGACAGAAAAUCCACGAAGGUUGAUGUUAAUGGCAUUUUAUUGUAAUAACACUCUGAAACAGUUCUUCACAGAUACAGCACAUCUAAGAAAUGUCACCAUAAACUAAAGGUCCAUUCAAGCAAGUAAUAAAUGUAUGUUAUGUGCUCUA